AUGCCAUUACGCCCGACAUCCGAAGUGGAUAAAAUUGGUGAAAUAAAUGCGAAAAUCGCUGAAUUGAAGAAGCGCAUACUCUUAGCAGAGGGUCAAAAGACAGCCAACGCGGCCGAAUGGCAAAAGCAAAAUCGCAUAAAUCGUGAAACUAUCACAACGUUGAAAAAGGAAAUCAAAGAGUUGACAGCGAAAUGUGGCCAACUGCGAAACCCCCUGCAACGCGCUGUUGUCAUCAAAGAGGAACCGGCCGCGGCGCAGCAGGAAGUACGCAAGAAGGCGAACAGUGCCACCACCACCGCAAUUGCGGUGGGCAAGAUGAGUUAUCCCAUUGGUGCACGUAGCGCAGAUGACGCCAUCUUUUUGACCGAUUUAAAGCUCACCGAACAACGAAAACAAUUGGAUUUGCUGCGACACCGCUUUAGAUGUCGCAAAGAGCGCUUGGCUAAAUUGGUGCAACAGUAUCGGGGACUGAACGCGGCGAAGACUGCGCAGGCACAGAAUAUGGGUGAGAAGCCGCCCGAGACUUUGGAGGAGGAUGCGAAUAGAAAGCUAGUAUGCCAGCUGGAGAAUGAGAUACAUCGCACAAACGUCCAGUGGAUGGAAGCGGAGCAUAUACGUAAGAAGUAUCGCUCGAUUGAAGCAUCGCUCAUGAAUGAUGCUGAACGUUUUGAGCGCAGCUUGCGUGAGCUGGAAGCAGCGCUUGCGGAACAGCAGGCGGAGAUUGAUAGAUUGGAGCAAGUACACAACGAGGCCAUCGAAAUGCGUGACGCCGCCAAGACCAUACUCCAACGUCAAGAGCAACAAGCGCAUCUCUCUCAAAAGACGCGUGAACGCCAAGCGCUCGAUUUCCGCAAGCAGGUAGAGGCACGCAAAAUGGAGCUGGAACGCAUAGGACGCAAACUUUUUGUUGAAAACAAAACUCUGGUGCAUCAAGACAGUCUCGGUUCGAGCUCUGGCGAUCAACUGACCGCCAAAACUGAGACCGAAGUAGACGAGGCGACACAACUUCAAAAUUUAACUGCCGAAAUGGAGAAUCUCUUCAAACAUCUCAUGGAGGUCAGUGGUGCCACCACACCCGCUGAAGUUUACGAUCGGUUUUGUUCGCAAAAAGAAUCUGCGUCCCGCCUCUCUUAUCUACGCAAUGCGGCAGAGAAAGAGAAGGGUCUGCUGGAAGCGCAAAGAGAGCAACUUACACUCGAAUUGGAAGCAAUGAAGUUUUCCGAUGGCAAGGAGAGUGAAGUCAAUCAAGAGGUCAUCGAGCAAAUUAAAUUGAAAAUUAGCGAGUUGGAAUUGGAACGUCAAAAGAGCGCUGAAGCUUCGGCGCACACUUUGUCUGUUUUGGAGUUUAUUAAAGAGCAUUUAUGUGAAAUGAUCUAUAAGCUACAGGAAGUAGAUGAAAGCCACAUCAAUUUGAAAGCAAAAGGCAUGUAUAUACAUGUAGAAAAUUUACCCAAGUUUUUGGCAAAUGAGGCACAAGAUGACGAUUUCAUAGAGAUUUUGAAAUUCAAACUCCAACGCUGCCAAGAAUUGACUAAACCUGCAGAUGCUGGCACACCUGAAGUACCCAAAUUGGAGCUUGAGAGCGACGAACUCUAUGCACCCACCACGGAACCGCCCAAAUCACCCACCAUCACCGAGGGGGAGAAACCCCAACCGAUGCCGCUUUGCUACUAUAAUCUGCUCGCCGGGCGUGCACAACGCGCUGCUGGCACAUCCUCUUCUUCGCCCGAACAAGCACCAGCGGCAGCUGCCGCACCCGAUGAGGAGAGUGAAGUGCCCACACGUCAAUACCUGAAGCGCCAAUCAGUGCUUAUUGUAGAUUCCAAAUCGAGGCGUAAGCCAUUCCGACCAACGCCAGUGGGACGCAGGAAGUAGGUGAUGAC